AUGAUCGCCUCCCGCCUCGUCCGCCUCGCUGCCCCCAUCAGCCGUGUCGCUGCUGCUCGCCCCGCCUUCAUGGCCGUCCGCAGCUUUGCCUCCCCCUCUGCCCCUUUGAUGCAGGAUAUCCUCAAGGACUUGUACAUCAAGGAGCUCAAGGGUUACAAGCCCGCUCCUGAGGCCAAGGGUGUUGAUACCUCUUCCAAAAUCAAGGAGUUCAAGACCCCCGCUGCCCCCGCUGCCCCCGCUAUUGAUGCCGCUGCUGAUCUCUCUGCCUGGGAGACCGCCAACGUCGAGAUUGCUGAUGCCAUCACCGAGGAUGCCGUUGAGGAGGAGGAAGAGGAGGAGGAGGAGGUUGAGGAGCACCACCACUAA